AAACAAGAGUAUAAGAUAAGAAGAUUGAGAGGGAACGGUAACACCUUACGCAUAAAGGGAUAAUAGAGAGCAGAAACCAUUUUGUGAAAAAACUACCUUCAGAAGACAGGUGAAAAUGGUGGUGAGUAUUCGAUUGGCAAGACUUGGUUGCACACACAACCCAUUCUACAGGGUUGUUGUUACUGAUAGCAGGUGUGCAAGAGAUGGCAAGAACAUUGAGGUUGUAGGUUACUACAAUCCUCUUGCAGCUAAAGAUGAUGAGAAAAGAAUGAGUAUCAAACUUGAAAGAGUGAAGUACUGGCUUUCUGUUGGUGCUCAACCUUCAGAACCUGUGGAGAGUCUUUUAUUUCGCGCUGGUUUACAAACGAAACGUAAAGGUGGUAACUAUCUCGAGCAGCCAAUUGAAGCCAAUGCCAAUGAAGCUGAUGGUAUAUCUCGAGAAGCUGUUCUUUCUAUUGGCUUACAAGUUUGAAGGGGAUGCCAACAAUAUGUUUGGAGAAGAUUGUCUGUGUUGUGAGUAUGUCGUCCAGUGCAAUGGCAUACUUUGAUCAAAAGUUGCACUCUGUUGAAUUAAUUUGUCAUCUUGUUAAAAUAUGAGUUGUUUUUGUCUUCUUGAACUAACUUCGAAGAUGUCGGUACAAUAUUUGAAUGUAGCUCAUUUGAUUUCUGCUUAAUCCAUGUACUCUGUCAUGUAUGCAUGUCUGACAUUGCUGUCUACUCAAGUCAAUUUUUUAUGCUUA